AUGCUCACCGCCGCCGUGGGCCCCAGCGCCGCUGCCGCCGCUGCCGUGUGGGGCCGCGCCGUUCUUAAAUCCCUCUUCUGCCGGUGUGCCGACGCCCCUCUGCGUUGCCUUCCUUUUUUCUCUGCUACUUCUCCUCCUACACACGCGCAGAAGGAAAGAGACCAAACGCUGCUCUUUGCCGCCGUGUGCUUUGAAGGCUUCGAGGUCACAGCAACACACACAACCGUCACGGCCUGGGCGGAUCCAUCGCAAGGAGGGAAGGGAAAGAGUGAGCGGACAGAAGAGCCCAACAUGCCGCGGCGCCUGUUUUUCUCUGCGGUGCUGCUUAUCUUUUUCAUGUGCU